AUGUUGCAGAAUGUUGCAGAAUCUUGCAGAAUGUUGCAGAAUGUUGCAGAAUCCUGCAGAAUGCUGAAAUGUGACAGGCUGAAAUGUGACAGGCUGAAAUGUGACAGGCCGAAAUGUGACAGGCUGAAAUGUGACAGGCCGAAAUGUGACAGGCCGAAAUGUGACAGGCCGAAAUGUGACAGGCUGAAAUGUGACAGGCCGAAAUGUGACAGGCUGAAAUGUGACAGGCUGAAAUGUGACAGGCUGAAAUGUGACAGGCUGAAAUGUGACAGGCUGAAAUGUGACAGGCUGAAAUGUGACAGGCUGAAAUGUGACAGGCCGAAAUGUGACAGACUAAAAUGUGACAGGCCGAAAUGA